GCCUUUCUUCUCUCUUUGGCUGAACUCAUUUACUCUCCUUCCCUCGUACCCUGUGCUUUGUUUUCGUUUCCCACUCACUCUCAAGAAGUCUCUCUGACUUUCGCUCUCUCUCUCUCUCUCUCUCUCUCUCCCAGUCACAUUUCAUUGAUUUCAAAAGCGCUUCAUUUUCACCCUUUUGGUUUUCAUUUUUCUCAACCAGGGCUUACAUUUUCGCUCUCGGAAUCGUCACCUACAUUCAGUUACAGAGAAAAUGGAGGGAAAAUAUCAAGGCUAGGGUUUUGUAAUUGUGGGCUAGAAUGGGAAAUGUGAGAGUUAAAGGGGAAGAUGGUGAUGAUGAGUGUGAUUUGAGGUUAAUGAGGCGGUGGAAGAGAAGGUGCAUUGCCAAUGGUAGUUUCAAUGCUAAAGUUUGUGAUAACUCUGCAAAGAAAACUAGAAACAAUAGUGUUAAAUUGGAAGCCACACCUCUGUAUGAUAAGGAUUAUGUACACUAUGUCAAUUAUCUUCUCGAGAAUGACUAUGAUAGUGAUAAUGGUACUGAUUUCAAUGGUAAGUCUGUGCUUGAUGGAUAUGACAAGGUUAAAAUUUUGGAGAAUGAUGACCAAGAUGCAGGUUUUUGGCAUAAUAUGUGCUUGGAUGAUAAUGAUCUUGAUGGUGAUAAUGAUACUGGUGUUAAUGCUAGGUAUGUGCUUGAUGGACAUGACAAUGUCAAAAUUUCGGAGAACAAUGACCAAGAAGCAGAUUUUCAGCAUAAGAUGUGUUUGGAUGAUAAUGAUGAUGUUUGGGAUCCUCAGUAUAAGAUGUUCAUGGAAAAUUUGAGACAUGAUGGAAAAUCCUAUGUACUAGUUGUUGUAAACAAUGAGAUUCCGGUGGUUGUAAGGUAUGAAAGAGAAGAGGGGUUGUGUGAUGGGCUCAAGUUGGACACUCAUGAAACUUUGAAGAGCUGCCUGAGGGGAGUGAAUACCAAAACAGCAAGAGCUGUGAAGAGAGAGAAGAUUGAGAGCCUGAAUAAUUUAGGUAAUGUUUCGGGUGUUAAGAGGAGUGGCAAGACUGAAGCUGUGAGAACUUUGAAUGAUGCUUCAAGGUAUGAAAGAGAAGAGGGGUUGUGUGAUGGGCUCAAGUUAGACACUUCAGAAACUUUGAAGAGCUGUCUAAGGGGAGUGAAUACCAAAACUGCUAGAUCUUUGAAGAAAGAGAAGUUUGAGAGCCUGAAUAAUUUAAAUAAUGUUUUGAGUGUUGAGAGGAGUGGCAUGGCUGAAACUGGGAGAACUUUGAAUGAUGCUUCAAGGAGAGAAAAGAUAGAGAGCCCAAAUGUUUUCUUUGGUGUUUCAAGUCUUGAAAAGACUGAGAAGCAAAUAACUAAGAUGAAUUUUGUGAGGAGAGAAAGCAUGGAAACUCUGGAAACUUUAAGGGGUGUUACAAGAAAGAAAAGUAAGAAUUUGAUGAUGGAUGUAAAUGAGGAAAAUGAAGAUCCCUUUUCUGGUGGAACAAAUGGACAUUUGAGCAAACGGUCUGGUAUGGCCAAUGCAAAAGUUCUUCAUCCAGCUAAGCAUGACUGCAACCAUAGAGUGGAAUCUGAUAUGAUAGAUGAAUGCUACAAAAUAUUUCUGAAUUGUCUUGAGAGUAACGGUGGAAAUCUUGUAUUUAAACCUGAACAUGGUAAACCAGUGACAUAUGAGGGGGAUGUAGAGAGUUCAGAUGAUUUGGAAAUAUAUGCAACAGACAAAGAUCCAUUCAGUGAUAGAAUUUGCAGCCCUUUUGUAGCUUCAAGAUCGGAUGCAAUUGUAAAUGUUGAUAUAGACAGAAGGACACGCAUUGGAAGUCCCGGUAGUGGUAGACAUUCGCAGUUUAGGAAAAACCUUAUGGAAAUUCUUAGAAGGCCUUACAAUGAAAUGGAGUACAAAAAACUUAUGCAUGAAGUAGCUUACAGAAGGCCAAAGGAAAGAGACAGAGAAUUGCGUAGUGGGACAAAAUCAUAUUCAACAAAGUCUUGUGGUAAAUCAUAUCUUGAUCAGUACAGCGGCUUUAAAAGAAAGAUCAAAUCAGUCCAAUCUGAUCGCCAUAGAGUUUUUAAUCUUUUACGUGGAUUUUUCUUUUGGUUGCAGAAUUUGUCUCAUGAAGGAGCAUUUCAGCCUUGGAAGGACAAACCUUGUUUGGGUGUUUUGCCCCAAAAGUAAACCAGGAAUUUUCCUCUGAUUCAGAUGGUAGUCUCUCAAGAUCGCAAGUGCAUGACAGAGGGCACUUGUAGCUAACAAGUCUCCAUGUUUUGUAUAGUAUAAGACCUAGUGUGAAAAUAUUGUGGCAGAUACAGUGUUGUCUAUUUGGAAGCUGCCUAUGAUGUAGGGUAUUUUUGGAAUGGAGUGAUAUGAAAGGCGGAGAGUAGAAGAGAAGGUGACCAAAAUGUACUAUUUUUUACAUUUUAGUCACCUUACCUUCCCUUCCCUUCUCUCCUCUCUUCUCAUCUAAACAUAAGGUUUGUAUCUCUGCCUGUCUAUCAAUCUUGUCAUGUUUUGAAAUUACCCUGAAAAUGAUUUUGUUUCAAGCCUGUUACAAUAACAGUAACGUAAUGUCAAAUGACUGAUUAACAGGGUCCAAGUUUGAAUGUGAA